GGAAGAAAGAAGGGAGGGGGCCGCCAUUUUGGGAGUGCUCUCGCUGCGCGUGCACGAGAAUUCUGCGUUCACGUCAGCAGCAGGAAGCGUGCAUUUAAGUACAUUUGUGUGCGUGUGUGUGCGAGAGGCGAGCUGCACACGGUAACAACACCGCCACCUCCACCCCUAAUCCAUCUUCUCGUCUUACUGAAACCUGUACUGCAGCUUCUCUCCAGCUUUUUUUUUUUCCUUCUUUCCCCCGUCGGUUCUGUGCCAUGGAUGGAGCAAAAAAGACUACAACCUUCGAGCUCAAGUGGUCGGCAGACCUGCGCGGAUCUGACGAGCUUCUUUCUUCUGGAUUUGCUAACGGCCAUUCUACCAUGAACAGUUCUACUCCUUCUGCAGCUAAUGGCAAUGACAGCAAGAAAUUUAAAGGAGACCGAUCUCCCUGCAUUCCCUCUCGCGUUCUUCACAUCCGCAAGAUUCCUAUUGAAGUCUCAGAAGCAGAAGUCAUUUCACUAGGCCUCCCUUUUGGAAAAGUCACCAACCUCUUGAUGCUAAAAGGGAAAAAUCAAGCUUUUAUUGAAAUGGCAUCCGAAGAAGCUGCAAUUACCAUGGUAAAUUACUACACCACUGCAGCUCCUCACCUGCGUAAUCAGCCCGUCUUCAUCCAGUACUCAAACCACAGAGAGCUCAAGACAGACAACCUUCCUAAUCAGGCUAGAGCCCAAGCUGCCCUUCAUGCAGUGAAUGCUAUGCAUUCUGGAAACAUGAGCAUAACUGGGUCUGCCUCUGGCAGCGAAUCCUCCUUGUUACAAGGGCAGAGCCCUGUCUUACGGAUCAUUGUGGAGAACCUUUUCUAUCCUGUCUCUCUUGAAGUUCUUCAUCAGAUCUUCUCUAAGUUUGGCACCGUGCUGAAAAUCAUCACCUUCACGAAGAAUAACCAGUUUCAAGCUCUCCUGCAGUAUGCUGAUCCUGUGAAUGCACAUCAUGCCAAGAUGACACUGGAUGGGCAGAACAUUUAUAAUGCCUGCUGUACUCUACGUGUGGAAUUCUCCAAACUUACCAGCCUUAAUGUAAAAUAUAACAAUGAUAAAAGCAGAGAUUUCACUCGACUAGAUCUUCCAUCUGGUGAUGGCCAGCCCAGCCUCGACCCUUCGAUGGCUGCUGCUUUUGGUGCUCCAGGAAUUAUAUCUUCACCCUUUGCAGGGGCAGCUGGGUUUGCUCCAACUAUCAGCUUUCCACAAGCAGGUCUUUCAAUGCCGACUGUUCCUGGACACUUGAGCCAUUUGGCUAUUCCAACCUCCGCAGUUGCUGGGCGUGUAGCAAUUCAUGGCAUUGCCCCUUCUGCAGUGCAUUCAGUGCUGCUAGUCUCCAACCUCAAUCCAGAUAGUAUAUCACCUCAUGGACUAUUCAUCUUAUUUGGUGUUUAUGGCGAUGUGCACAGAGUGAAAAUCCUUUUUAAUAAAAAGGAAAAUGCCUUAAUACAAAUGGCCGAUGCAACUCAAGCUCAGCUGGCAAUGAGCCAUCUCAAUGGGCAGCGUCUACAUGGCAAAGUAAUUCGUGUGACUCUUUCCAAACACCAGACUGUUCAGCUUCCACGUGAAGGACAGGAGGACCAAGGGCUAACUAAGGAUUUCAGCAACAGCCCUCUGCAUCGCUUCAAGAAGCCAGGCUCAAAGAACUUCCAGAACAUUUUUCCUCCUUCGGCAACUCUACAUCUCUCCAACAUUCCACCCUCUAUAACCGAUGAUGACCUCAAAAACCUCUUUGCAAGGACUGGAUGUACAGUGAAAGCCUUUAAAUUUUUCCAGAAAGAUCGGAAGAUGGCUUUAAUCCAGCUGGGUUCAGUUGAAGAAGCCAUCCAGGCCUUAAUUGACCUUCACAAUCAUGACCUUGGAGAGAACCAUCACCUAAGAGUCUCUUUUUCGAAAUCUACCAUCUGAUCAUUUUUGUGUCUUUCACAUCAAGACUGACUCUUUUCUGAUAAGAUUAUCAAAAAGUUUUACAGGCCUUCAGACUCCCCUGAAGCAUUGAUUAAGCGGCUCUGCCUCUUCAGUGACAUUUGGACAUGUGAUUUUUAUCAAGGUGACCAGAGUGCAGACCCUUGGGAUGUUUUUUUGCCAGUAUGCAGUCAAAGAAAUUGUAACCCAGUUUGUCCUUAGCAUCUAUCACCAUGAUACUGUUCAGGGUGUGGGUCAGCCCUGAUAGCCCAUACAUUUUUGUACUGUGUAAAGAGACAGCAUCCUUUUUGAAUUUUGAAUCUUGUCAGUUACUUUACUUAAAUAAUGGGGAUGAUUUGGGUCUACAUGGCAGUUAGCAGAUAAAAGUUUAAUGAAUCAAAUCUGCACAGCAUGCAUUACAACAUUAAAUGAUUCUUUUUUAAUAUUUAGUUACCCAUGAAUUGCAAGAAUCUAGAAAUGACAUAGAUUUUAUUAGUAUUAAUAUUGAAUACUAGGAGAUAAACACUAUUGAUCUGAGUAAGUGUGACCUCCAAAAGAAGUCAACACAAAAUUGGUCUGUUUAAUGUAGGCCUUAUUUUUGUUGGAGUAUGCAGAAAAAUUGCUUGGAGUUUAUAAUUAUUUGCUCUGAUAUUUUAAAAUGACAGAUCUUACUAGGAAGAUAAAAACAAGUGGUAUUGUGGUAUUUUUGGAGUUGCCGUAACAUUACAGUUUGUGUCAUUCGCUUAUAGUGUUGAGACAAAUGCUGCUAGAAACAAAUGUCCAUUAUAAAUUAGUUAAGGAACUGGUAAGUACAAGAUUGUUGUGUGAUCACUUGUCCUAGAUAAAGAUGCAUAGUUAUUCUGAUUAUUAAAAUUACCAAAGAUGUGUUGGCCCCUUCAGUUACCCCAGCUUGCCCCCUUCAGCUGUAGGCUUAACAUUUUAAGUUUGUCGCCCUUUUACUCUUUUGUUCAUAGUUUGAUUUUUGGAGCACAUUCUAUGCAGUGCUGUGCUGAUUUGGUUUCAUAAACAAAGCUUAAAUCCAUGAAAGUGACCAGCAGGUAAUGGACGCUGUCUCGUAAUAAAUGAAAUAUUUCUCAAGCAGAAAACAUUUAUUUAAAAGAAAGUUAAAAUGAAAGAAGCGCAAAUAAACCAAGUUUACAGUUUUAAGUCAAAAAGUCUAUUCAGGUCUAUAUAUCUUACAGAUUAUCAGAUUUUUAAGAAAAGUUACUUAUUUUUGGUAAUUUUGUUUCUUAUUUUUAAAAAAAAGGAAAAAAAAAGAAACCUGAAACCUGAAGGUUUUUUUUUUACCACUAUAAUCACUUAAGAAACCAUAAACUUCAUUUACUGUGUAUUUAGCUUAUUUCUUAUUAUGUGCCUUAUAAUGUGCUUAUAAUCAAACGUUAGGUUUAGAAAUUUUACCUAAGAUAUUUUAAGUACUAUAUUGUGGGUUUGGUGAGAGGUUUGUCAUACUUUACCUCCAUUUGUCUUUUAGAUUCUUUUAGAGGUGUUUCUGGGGGGAGUUGAAAUUAAUUGUCUUAAGUAAAAAUGUAUUUCUUAUUAUUUUUGGUGCUUCAAGUGCACAGAUAAGAAAGCUACGUUUGUAAAAAUGUACCGUGUAUGCUACAAGCUUCAUCUAAAAAUACUCUUAAGCAGAACAAAAUGCAGCUCUCUUUAUUUUAAAGUCAUAAAACAAUUGCAAAUCAAAGAUUAAUCAAAAUGUAGCAUUUAAUCUACUGUUUGUCUUCACAUCUUGACAGUCUUCAUUUUUGUUAUUAGUUAUAUUUAGCAGCCUAUGUGGCAUACAAUCGAUUUGCAGAGAAGGGCCAAGUGAAUAUAAAAACAUUGAAUACACAUGUGUUCUUUGUUAAAAUGUUCAGGUAUUACUGUAAUGCUUUUUGUAAUAUAACAUGAAUCUUAAUCGGUAGUAAUCUCAUUGGAAGUUGCAAGUUUGUGUUUUAGGUGUCAAUCAAUAAUAUCACUGAAAGGAGAAUAAAAUCAAUUAUGAGCACUUCAUAGGAUAGUCAAGCCUGAAGUGCGCUAUCUGAGAUUAUCAAAAGCUGAGCCAGUCAUGUGGUGUUCUCAGAAGUAAGAAACCUCAUGGCGCUUUGCUGUGGGAUUACAUAGAAAAAGUUUGAUUUGUGUUUCUGUCACCUUCCAAAUCCAGCCUUUAGCUUACCCAUUAAUUUAUUAUGGAGUGUCUUCAUAGACUUCACCUGAGAUGCCCCGUUUUCAGUACAGUUAUGGCUACCGGCAGUUACCUUACAGCCGCGUAGACAUGUACUGAGUAUACCCACUUGCCAUUGCAAGUAUGAACAACAAAACAAAUUAUAAUCAUUUUAACUACUGACAAGUCACAGCAGUCAUAUAUGUAGAAAGUACCUGUAGUGCUUUUGAGGUCAAAUUACUCUGAGAAAAUAAAAGUGUGAAGGUUGAACUUUUUUGUUAUUUAUUAACAGAAACAUCAUUUUACAUUCCCUGUCAAAGAUUUGUUGCACUGCAUAAGAAAAGCUACAAAAAUGCUGUGGAGUAGAAUUGAGACUGGCAAUGCUCUCUGCUACAUGACACAAUCUACAUUUCACUUGUCAAGCUUUUUAUGAUGCUCUGACACAAAACACUUUACACUUUUGUGAAACAAAUCAAGCACAUUUUUGAGUGUGUACAUGUGGAAUUUAUACAGGGAAGCCGUGCUGUGAAUCUCUUUGUUUUCUUAUUUAUUGUGCCCUUCCAUUUACAGGUAGUCUUAGAGUUUUGCAAAUCUUUCUGACUUUGUAACUUCUAACCUAUAAUGAGGAGUUUUCGCUCUAAAACUGUUGUUCAUCAAACAGCUGAUGCAAUUUUCUUUUUAACAAUUUCAAGCACUGUUCUGCUUUAUACUGUUUGAAGAAGCUUAAGAUGUAUACACUUUUCAGAAGCCAUGUAACGUGGUCUUAUGAUUGACUUUUGUUGGCUGGAGUUUCCCAUCUGUGUGCUUUGAGUUUGUAAUGUCAUUUACUGUAUUUUGUAUGUUAAUUCCUUAAGGGUUUUGCCUGUUUGUAGUGUGAAGAAUUUCCUAUGUUAUUAUUUUGAAGGGGUUGUGUUAUUUGUUUUAGCAUUGCUGACUUAAUUGCUAAAGUGCAGGUUUUUAAUACACAUUUGCCUUCAAGGUUAUCUAACAUCAGAUUUCUUAGUUUUAUCAUAGCUGUUACUUAUACUGUAUGGAAUCCUGGGUGUGUUCAUUUGUAUACACGCACAGAGUAUAUGUUGUGUGUGUGUGUGUAUAUGUAUAUUACAUAUAUGUAAUAUAUGUAAACCUGUUAAAAUCAAUUAUUGAAGUUUUGUUUGUAAUUUUAGUUUAAAAUUGCAAUUCAAACAAACGUGAUCUCUUACCUUGAGGGUGCUGUGGCUUAAUCUCCUACAUUUUACUUUAAGAUAAUUGAAAUCUGUUUGCCUUUGUCUUGUUCUGACUUUUACCAACUUAAACUGCCAGACUUCAAACAAAAAGAGAGCUAACUAACAUCAAACCAAGAGAAUGCCAUGUGUGUUUUUGCAGUCCUAUUACACUGAAUGUCUUUCAAUUUAGAAAUCAUUUGUACCAACGUUAUUCUGUUCAGUCUUUUACUGAGUUGUCCCCUAUGUGAUCAUCAACAUGUUUUAAACGAAGCCCUGGUCAAUGCUGACUUUUUUUUUUUUUCUUUUAUUUAUUUAGUGUAACAAAUGAUGUCAUAAGAAUGAAUGUUUUUUUCAGGGUUUUAUAAAGAAAACUAAAUUGUUAAAUGGGACCAAAGUCUAUGUGCCUUUCAGCUAUCUUAUUUGUGUCUUAUAUCUUACUUUAUUUUGGAUCAACUAUAAGGAAAAAAAAAUCUGUUUUAACCCUUUACAGAUAUAAAGUUUAUGCUAUUUUUGUUUUGUUUCCUGAGGUAAUUUUUAUUUCAUUGUGGUUAAGUGGUUCACACACCCUCUGCCUCUAUCAUAAAAAAUGGUGUUGGUUUCUUAAGUAGCAUUUACUCAUUUUACUUUGGUAAAAAAAAAAAGUCUACGACCCCCAUGUUAGUGUGUGUGUGUGUGUGUGUGUGUAAUUAUAUAUACACACAUACAUACACACUUGGGUUUUCUUUCCACAUCCCAAAGUGAAGCAUGCUAAGUGAAUUUGUCUGAUGCAAGUGAAAAAUUGGCAAAUUCAGGUUUGUUUCCUCCCCUGUGCCCGACACACCCUGAUUGACUCCACAGUGUCCUCAUUAUCUUAAACUUGCAUUAAGAGGCUUUAUUAAAUGGAUAUAUGUCUCAGUAAAUGGAUUUAUUUUCUUAGCACACCCACAAAUAUUAGCAGGACUUUUGACAUAUCGUAGAACAGAUUUGUUACCUGUGCAGCAAGUGCCUUCGUUUGAUUCAUUGAGGUCAUUUGUGAAAAUUUUGCAGUUGUGUUUUAUAAUUUUGAAACUAAAUAUAAGAGCAAAACUACCUCCUUUGGCAGCAUUAGUUACACUGGGUGGUGUCUUGAGUUUGAAAAAGAAUCUUCUUGGAGAUCGAGAGAGAGUCCUGUUGAGUCAGGCUUUUGUUUCACUGCCAGGUGCAGAGGACUAACAUAAUUUUGUAUUUUAAAUAAAAUCAGUUUGUUCUUGUGUCACAUCUCUUUUCAUUUGCUACUUUUUUUGGAAAUGUUAGAGACAUUCAAAGUAAGGACAGUUCAGGUGUUAUUUGAUCAAUCACAUGUCCAUUUCUGACAAUACUUUAUUAGUUUAUUUUUUGAAGUAAUGAAAACUCUUUCCAUAUAAGCACGUUGUGUUGUGUAGAACAAUGAUGUCUUCGCUGAUGGCCCGGUCAGAGACACUGUUUAAGUAUGGUGCAUUUAUGAGCCUUUAGUUGGUCUAACUGCAAAAACCUCCUUGGUCGGCCAAUUAAGUAUUUGUUGUUUUUUAUACAUUUGUUCUAAAGUUAUUUUAAUUUUGCAUAAUUUUCAUAAUAAACAUUUUAGCAGCUUUCCAUGUUUUUAAAUAUUAUGUAUGAGAUUUCCAUUUUAAGGUAAAGCAUAAAUGUUCAGGCAUUCAAAGGCAGACUCUCAGUUUAUAGUUGAAAGAGGUCUGUGGCAUCACAGUUUUAUCUCGUAACCAUGCAAUAUGAAUGUUUUAAAGUGUAGUAUCUGAUUCUAGCAGGCAUAAAUCUGAGGGAAGAUAGUUGGAUCUAGCAGGCGUGAAUGGGUGGUGAUGGUCUUGUGCUUAGAGGACUGUGUGUCGACUAGCAUGAGAGACAGUAAAGAAGAGACCACUGUCACCGUGUCUUUAGAGUUGUGGACAGUGUGUGUCAGUGGAUUGGUCUGUUGGUGGAGUACAUCACCCCACCUGUCCUCAUCACUGCCUCUAUCUCUUUAUAUAUAUAUAUAUAUAUAUAUAUAUAUAUAUAUAUAUAUAUAUAUAAUAAGUAAAAUCUACAUUGUAACACCUUUUAUGUUGAGGGUUUGGAGGAGAAAAGUUGGGUCUCAAACUCUGGUGACCACUCCUUUAGCGUGUAUUGAAGACGCUCUCAUUUUUAUGAUAAAGGCAAAAGGUGACUGAGAAAGGCAUUCAUGACAAAGUAAAGCUACGUUUGCUUACUUGGUCUUAUUCCCGGAAUUCCUUUUUUUUUUUUCUAUUCAGUUUGUAAGCAUCCUCUGCUAAUAAGAGAAAAAAUGUUGUAAAUAUUUGUACCUUUUUUUCUUUACCACCUGGCGUUAAAGGUUUUUUGGGAACAAGAUUAGAAAAAAAAUGUUAACUAUGUAAACUGGUUUUUAUACUUUAAAAAUGAGGAAAAAUACAUCAAUUAUCUUGUAUAUUUUGAUAAAGCAAGAGUACCAGCUUUCAUUUGUAAAGUAUUUUAUGUGACAUGCAGAGGGAAUGGAUUCCAUUUCUGUUGAGUUAUGUUAUUAAGUAAUGCAAAUAGAAGAAAUAUUAAAGAAACAUAUUUUUUAA